UCAGACUGGACUUCGAAAGCAGACGUUGCUGAUAAGAAGCUGCAUAUCUCAUGAAAGAGCAAACAGAAAAUGACUGAAAGUCCAGAGGUGACCGCAGCUUCUUGUGCAAAGGCUCUCGCGGCUUUUGUUGAAAAUGGAAAAGCUCUGCUGGACCUCGCUGAGAAGGAGAGCAGGGAAGGCUCUUGCCAGGAAUUCAUCAGGCAGAAAAUCCGCAUUGAGCAAAGACAGUCGCUGCUGGGGCUGAUUGAAGCUGGUGCAGCUUUGUACAGCAGCCUGUCUGUUAAGAGGAAAAAGGACGCACAAGAUCUCUGGAGAAAAUACAAUAACUGUGCUGCUUUGCGGGAUGCCGUGCACGACUUUCAACAGCUCGAAGUGCAGUGGGAUGCCUUUCUGCAGCGCCUCGACGAUGAGUUACAACUGAGUGCUGAGCUGCUGGACGCCGACCAUCAGUCCAAGUGUAUUCCACCAGAUACGCCUCUCACCGAUGCCAGAACAGGACAAAGAGUGACUCUGCAGAAGUAUCUUGCGAGGAGUAAAAAGACUUUGCUGGUGUUAAUCCGUCAGUUCUCAUGCCUGCUCUGCCGUCUGCAUAUUAAAGAUCUGGAGAACAAUCAGAGUUCCCUGGAUGGACACUCUGUUCAAGUGGUGGUGGUGUCAUUUGGCUGUCUGGAAGGAGCUUCAUACUGGCUGCAGGACACAUUCUGUCAGUACGACAUGCUGCUGGACCCGGACAGAAAGAUUUAUGCUGCAUUUGGUCUUGGAGCAUCUCUGAAGAAAGUGUUAAACUUCAGUAACAUGCUGCUCUACGCUGAAUAUGUGGCAGACAACAUGGAGUUUCCACGAGGGCUUCCGUCGAUUCAAGACGACAUGUUUCAGCUGGGAGGCGACUUUGUUUUGGAUGAACAUGGGAGGGUGCUGUUCUCUCACUGCUGCCAGAGUCCCAUCGACCGACCCUCAGUGGGGGACAUUUUAAACUCUUUAGAUAAGACUAGUUAAAAAAAAAAAACAGCUAUAGGUGAUGUCAGCUGAUAUAUGUCUUUGUUAGUAUAACAGUAACUAUUAAUCCAUAAAAAGAUGUAAAAUAAUGAAUACUGUGAGAGUCAGCUCGAAGCAAUUACACAUAGAGUUUGAGUUUCGGUGGGUUUAAAAUAACAGAUGAUUACAUCCAAUGCAAGCUUACAUUACUUGAGCCUUACUUUUGCAAUAAACAUCCAAAACUGACUUUGUAAUGAAAUUCCGAUGAAAAGCACAGAUCUUUUUGUAUCUAUACGUCGAGUACAGUAUAUAUUCCAAGUUGAAUCGACAUUUCUUCACGUUACAGCCUUUGGUCUAUAGUUUUUCAGCUGGGUAAAUUAUUCCCUGAUAGAUUACACUGUCAGUGCAGCACUAGAGAUAAGACAAGACAUAUAGACAGCUAUAGUAAUCUGCAAGGGCCUCAGGACCCUCAGUAUGCAAAGGCAAUAUUGUACAUAUAUGGAAUGCAAGCAUAAAAAACAAGAAUUAAAUAAAAUCAAGUAAAAUAGUAAAAAAAAGUGAAGUGGAAAGUACAAAUGAUAAUGCAUAAUGGAUGGCAGAGCUGAAAGUUACUGGUCCCUAACUUGCCCCUACUUAUAUUUUUAAAGAAUCAGAUUCUACACAUUGCCUUUGUAGUCAUUAUGCUGCUUCGUCUUCACUGACAACAUAUGUAUUCUUCAUGGUCAAUAAAUCUUUAAAUUACAAAA